CAUUGGAUCUUCAGCCCUUCUCCCUGAAGCCCCUCCUCCGCAGGGCCACAGCCUAUGAGUCAAUGGAACGUUACCGACAGGCCUACGUGGAUUUUAAGACUGUUCUGCAGAUAGACAUCGGGGUGCAGGCGGCACACGACAGUGUCCACAGGAUCACCAAGCAGCUUAUUGAACAGGACGGCCCUGACUGGAGACAGAAGCUUCCGGAGAUCCCUCUAGUCCCACUGUCAGCUCAGCAGCACCACAGGCAGAAAGACCCCAGCGCUGAGCUGGUCCAGGCUAGAGAAGCCAAAAAAGCAGAGGCUCGCUUUGCCUCUCUCAAAACAGAAGGAAAUGAGCAUGUGAGGAAAAGCCAGUUCCAUGACGGUCUAGAAAAGUACAGUGAAUGCCUUAAGAUCAAACCUGACGAGUGUUCCUGCUUUACCAACAGAGCCAUCUGUUAUCUGAGACUGGGUUGUUUUGAAGAGGCCAGACAGGACUGUGACUCCGCCCUCAAGCUGGAACCAACCAAUAAGAAGGCCUUCUAUAGACGGGCAUUGGCGUUUAAAGGCUUACAGGACUACCUGUCUUCCAGCAGUGACCUCCAGGAAGUGUUACAGCUGGACCCCAACGUCCACGAGGCUGAACAGGAGCUGGAGACUGUGACAGGGCUGCUCAGACAGAGCCUCAUGGACGGAGCCCAACUCACACCCAGGGUUUGAUGGCAGAGAUGAGACUGCCACAGGAGACUGUAUAGGAGGAGGCUGAUGGAGACCAGGGAAGGCUGUUCAGGCCUCAUCAUCCCUCACAGAGUUGACAUGAACUAAGGUGAACUAUGCUGGAUGUUGGGCUCUGACUCCAUCUGCCUUCAAAGAGCAUCAUUAAAGCAUUGUGUCGACGGCGGCAGAGCGUUGUUCAAUAAAGCUGCAUCCUUCAUUUCCAUUCUGGAGACUCUAAAGAUACUUUAUAGAUGCAAUGCAGCUUCUUACAUUUACAUUUGUCAUUUAGCAGAUGCUCUUAUCCAGAGAGACUUGCAGUUAGUGCAUUCUUUACCUCAGCAUGCUCAGACCCCCUACAGCAACACACUGUAGAGAAAGGGUGCGUCACAAAUGAUGCCCUACUCUCUAUAAAGUGCACUAUGUUUGACCAGGGCUCAUAGGUCUAUAAUCAAAUGUAGUGCACUAUAUAGGGGAUAGGGGUGCCAUUUGGGACUCAGACCCAAAAUCUUAAAAGCUAGGAGUGACUAGUUUUGCAGAAGUAUUUGAUUUCUUCCCACUAACAGCAGAUUAUGCAGACCGGCGGUAUUACAGAUUGGAGAAGCGAUCGACAGAAGCUCUAGAAGCACACUGGAACACAAUGUGGGAGAGAUGUGGUGUGCCUUAUUGAGAUUCAAGUUGAACCAUAUAUUUGGGAAGUGUAAUCUGAACCUCAGAGAAAUAACAUCCUUGUAUAAAUGUAAUAAACUGCUGCUUUGAUACACUGCAGAGUAUUUUACAUGAGGAAACCAAAAAAUAUGUUGCCACUGUAUUGACAGUCAUGCAUGUACCUUUUCAACCUUUAAAGGGCACUGUUGGCUAAUUAAUGCAUAAUGAAAGAUGGACAACUGUGUAUAUCAUGUACUGUAUGCUUUUAAUCUCAGGUUCAGUCUUGAACAUGACCAUGAUUGUAUGGUAAAUGUUAGCUCUGGUCCAUGGCGUUAGAGGAAUUGUAACGGCCUGGACCAGAGCUAGGUAAAUGUGUAUAGUAGUCAAACACUGAUCUACUAGUUUUCAGAUGUUGCUCUACUGCUUUAUAAAAUCCCCAAACCCCCUUCAGAUCUGUUGAGUUAGAGAUCAACCCCCUUCAGAUCUGUUGAGUUAGAGAUCAACCCCCUUCAGAUAUUAUCUGUUGAGUUAGAGAUCAACCCCCUUCAGAUCUGUUGAGUUAGAGAUCAACCCCCUUCAGAUCUGUUGAGUUAGAGAUCAACCCCCUUCAGAUCUGUUGAGUUAGAGAUCAACCCCCUUCAGAUCUGUUGAGUUAGAGAUCAACCCCUUCAGAUCUGUUGAGUUAGAGAUCAACCCCCUUCAGAUCUGUUGAGUUAGAGAUCAACCCCCUUCAGAUAGUUAUCUGUUGAGUUAGAGAUCAACCCCCUUCAGAUCUGUUGAGUUAGAGAUCAACCCCCUUCAGAUCUGUUGAGUUAGAGAUCAACCCCUUCAGAUCUGUUGAGUUAGAGAUCAACCCCUUCAGAUCUGUUGAGUUAGAGAUCAACCCCUUCAGAUCUGUUGAGUUAGAGAUCAACCCCCUUCAGAUCUGUUGAGUUAGAGAUCAACCCCCUUCAGAUCUGUUGAGUUAGAGAUCAACCCCCUUCAGAUCUGUUGAGUUAGAGAUC